CAAAACAGCUGCUUCCUCCACAGCAGGUUGAGGCCGUGCAGCAGGUUGUCGCUGUGGCUGGGGUCGAAGGUGGAAGUCCUGUCCCCGGAUCUGGACAUGGCGAGCUGACUCUGUGCACCUGGCUUUAAACCCUCCUCCAACCUGGCAGACAGGGGUGGGGGAUGGGAGGGAGGGGAGCAGGGUGGUGGAUGGGGUGGGGUGUGGUCGGGGUGGGGAAGGGUGUGGAGGGGAGGGGAGGGCGAAGAACAAGAAACAAGGCUCAGCUUGGCUCCCUCCUGGCGCGCUCCGGACCCCGACCCUAGGAGGAAAGUCCGAAGACGCUGGAUCCGUGAGCGCCACCAGAAGGGCCCUGUCUGGGGUCCCGGCGCCGGUUCUGCUCCCUGCGACUCCUCUCGCCACCUCCCACACACUUCGUACCUCACUUUCCUAAAAUCACCUCAGCUGUUGGCAGCAACAGCAGUGGCAGCAGCGACGGCAAAGUGGCGGCUGAGGCCGAGGCACCUCGUGGGCUUGUGUCCAUGCCGGGCCGGAUGAAGGGAAAGGCUGGGGAGUGGGGAGCCGGGGGUGCCCUGAAAGCGCAGAGGCGACCGACGGUGAAGGUUUCAGGGCUGAGCAGAAAGGGACCCUCUGCUCGCAUCCCGCCCGCGCACCCGCCCGUCCGCCCGCCCGGGAGAGCCGCCGCCGCCGCCGCCUCCCGGCUCAGAGGGAUCCCGCCGGACCUGCCCCUUCCACUGCGGCUCACUCUGCCCUGCCUGGCGCCGGUCCUGGAUCGCCGGCUUCCUAUUUAUACCGGACUGAGCUCCUUUCCACUCACUUUACCAUCCCGUUCCAGGCUGGCGACUUCGCUGCUGAGCUGAAACUGCUAAUUUCUGUGACCAGCUUUUUUCUUAGCUGUGAUCUGGAUGAAUGAGUAGCUGUCUCACAGAGAUGACAAAAAUAAACUCUAAUCCCCCCCAAAAUUUCCACUACAUCUUUCUCAUGCAUAGAUUUAUGAUCUUCAAGCGCUCUGUGCAAUAUGCAAACUUUUUUUGUGUCUGUAUAUAUGCUGUUGUUUCCAGAUUUCACUACAUUGGUAUGCUGCUUUUCCCUUCCCCCCACACCUCCCCCUCACCCCCAGCACUAUGAAAUGCAGAAACAGUCUGAUCUCAAAGUAUGCUAAGAUAUCACUUUAUUCUGUUUUGUUAUUUGGGAUUUGGGUCUGAUCUAGAAGAUACUAGCCCUUGCCUAAAAGGUGAGUGGCUGAGGAUACACACCAGGGUGGUGGGAGUAGAGCUGGUAGACAGAAUAGAGGACAGCCCUUUGCUUUACAUUUGCUUCCCAUAAAGCACUAUGCAAGGUUUAUGAUCUUAUUUGAAAACAUAUUUUCUCUAUCAUUUUGCCUGGUGAAACAACUGCCUCUGAACUUCUCUGUCAGCUCUUCAACAGAUAAUGGUGCAGAAGUCACAUUUUUUUUUUUUAACUGAAAGAUUAUCAUAUUGUUGGCUUUGUAUUUCAAUUAGGAGUGUUUAUUUUGCAGGAGGUAGAAUCAAGUGCCAGGAAACCCAGCUGCAAUUUCACAAAUGUAACCUUUCAACUUUGGAACUCAUCUGAUAUAUAAGGGCAACCACCUAGUGCUCACAUUUUUGACCCUGCUUACCAUGCAAAAGGAACCCCAGCAUGUUUCUGGAAUUUUAGCUGUACUAGAGAUUCAUGUGCAUUUUGGUAGAGGACAUGUUCUCCAGACUUAUCUCAUGAUGUAUUGCACCCUUACAUUUAUAGCCCUGCAUUUCGGUCAUCAAUGGGGGUUGGAGGUGUCCAAGAAAGAAAGAAAAAAAGAAGCAGAAAAAGGAAGGCAUGCCCUUAAGUAAAAUGAACGUGAAGAAAACUGGACAUGAGCUAAAUUGAGCUUUGUUUGCUAUUAAAUAUAUGAAUAUGAUUCAUUCUAAUUUAUAUGUGCUCUGAUGAGUAAACUUACUAAAAUACAUAUCAGGGCACCACUGCAAGACGUCUAUUCACACCCCCCAUCAUCUCUUUGAUUUGUGAGAGAUGGAAAGACACCUGCUUAGGAAAGGGAGGAAAACUAACAAUUCUGAGGUUCAGAAAUAGAGAUUCCCCAUUUACAAUGAUAAUGUUAACAUGCACAUGGGAUAUUCACUCUUAAAUAAAUGAAGAAGGAUCAAACUGAAACAUUUAACCCUCACAAAAGCCCCCCGCUUUUUUUGUCAAGGUUCUAGAUUAUCUGAGAGUAAGACUUCUUUAUUCAGAUCCUGUUGAGAUGCUGCAUUCUCAUAUUUAUGUUUAUAAUGGAAAUGCCCCAGUACAUGAUUAAAUCAUAUAAAAGAAUUUUGCUGUUGUUGUUUAGGGCAGAGGAAAGAGAAAAGAUUAUCCAAUUCUCCUGGCCCUAUUAUUUGUUUUGAUUUUUUUUUUUAAAUUUCCCUUGUUUGGGUGUUGAACAGGAAGAUCAUGUGACUCUAAGGUAGAACAUUUUUGGAGUUCUGUGUCACUAGCAAUUAAAGCUAUUAAGUAUGUGGAGUGUCAUAAAACUCUCAUACAUGUAAAGUGCAAUUUUUAUUUAUGCUUUUGAUGUUGAUCUUUUAUGGACUUCUCAUGAAGUAUUUGGAACUAAGCCCAAAGGCAAUAAUAGUAUUUGAUCACUUAAAUUAUGGCCACCUUCCUGUUUUAUCAUGAAAGAAAGUAUGUUCGUAGGCCUCAAAAUAGCUUAGUUUCAAAUUUCUAUUUUUCUAUGGAUAGGAUAUAUUGGUCACGAAUUAUGAUUACCAGGCUCUUUAUUGCUUCCAAAUAAUAUAAAAGCCACAUUUCAAACAUAUUAGCUACCUAUAAUGUUAAUGCUUAUUUAACAACUAGGGUUGAAGGGGAAGAGAAUGGGAUUGGGAGCUGGCAAUUCCAAAAAUGUCUGUUGAAGUGGAUAAAAACAUUUUCUUCUGCAUUCUAAAGUUAUCUGAUAAUGUUUAAAUUUCAGAAAAAAAUACAAUUCUGGUUAUUUUCUAAGCAAUUAAAAAAGAAUAUCAAUAAAACAUCUCUUCAUAAUCUGUGCAUAAACUAGCAUAUAUGUCCUAUAAAUCUCACAUCUCCAGUAUCUUAUACUGGCUUUGACUGAAAUUAUUGCAGAACUCACAAAUGAGAUGACACUAUUUACAAUAAAUCUCGUUAUGAAAGAUUCAAUUUGCAGCAAUCAGAUGCUAGCUACUAAGCGAUUGUAAGUAUUUGAAUUUUAUCCUACUUCAGUGUUCAACAUACAGAAAUUGCAUCUGUGUGUUUGAUCUGUCCUGCUGAGCACUAUCAGCAGCUUGCAUCUCUGCCACUAUUGUUUUUAAAAUGGCAGGAAGGACGUGACUAGUCAGGAGCACUCAGCAGGAUGGAUUUCACAUGGCAUAAGAAGAGCCAGAAUUGUCUUUUUUUAAAAAAAUUAAAUAUGAUUGUGUAGUCGCCUAAUGCAAAUCAUCUUCAUACUUCCAUAGAAUUAUCAAAAUUAUUCAUUAGUGAAUUUGCAUUUAAACCAUGUACAAUGGAAAGAUUCUGAAACCAUAGCCACUGAGCAGUCUACUAGAGCUGCCACUAGCUUCUAGUGGUCUGGUCAGCCUUCAAGGUGGCAGAGAUCCAGGCCUAUCAGUGGCUCCAGUUGCUCAGGAUCGUCUCACUGGACUGGAGGCGCUGAAGAUUAUCUUUAGAGCAGUUCUAGAAAUGUUUUGCUGCUUGACAUAUAGGUGCAGCCACCCU